GCAGCAGGAACUUCCCGCCCUCCGCCAAGCCUCCCUAUGUUCCCCUCUCCCAAGCCCAUCUGGAUUGCUGUGUGUGGCCCAGGCUUGGUCGGAAACCCAUGAAAAUCUACCAGGUAUAAAACCUUCUUGAGAAUGCAAUGGAUUCUGGAGUGUCUUCACCCGAGAAGCCAGAUAAAGAGAAUUUAGUGGGCAUCACCAAAAACCGGCUUGGUGUAUGCGGCUGGAUUCUGUUUUCUCUUUCUCUCCUGUUGAUGAUUAUUACCUUUCCCAUCUCCGUAUGGAUGUGCUUGAAGAUCAUUAAGGAAUAUGAACGUGCUGUUGUAUUCCGGCUGGGACGCAUCCAAGCUGAUAAAGCCAAGGGACCAGGUUUGAUCCUGAUCCUGCCCUGUAUAGACGUAUUUGUCAAAGUUGAUCUUCGCACAGUUACUUGCAACAUUCCUCCACAAGAGAUCCUCACCAGAGACUCUGUGACUACGCAGGUGGAUGGUGUUGUCUAUUAUAGAAUCUACAGUGCUGUCUCAGCGGUGGCUAAUGUCAAUGAUGUCCACCAAGCCACAUUUCUUCUGGCUCAGACCACUCUGAGAAAUGUCUUAGGCACACAGACCUUGUCCCAGAUCUUAGCUGGGAGAGAAGAGAUUGCCCACAGCAUUCAGACUUUGCUGGAUGAUGCCACUGAGCUGUGGGGGAUCCAGGUGGCCCGAGUGGAAAUCAAAGAUGUGCGGAUCCCCGUACAGUUGCAGAGAUCCAUGGCUGCUGAGGCUGAGGCCACGAGGGAAGCCAGAGCUAGGGUCCUUGCAGCAGAAGGAGAAAUGAAUGCAUCUAAAGCCCUGAAGUCAGCCUCCAUGGUGCUGACCGAGUCCCCCAUAGCCCUCCAGCUGCGCUACCUACAGACCUUAACCACAGUAGCCACGGAGAAGAAUUCCACAAUUGUGUUUCCUCUUCCCAUGAACAUACUGGAGGGCAUUGGUGGUACCAGCUAUGAUAACCACAAGAAGGUUGAUAAUAGAGCCUGAGGUAGCCAGUCCAUUACUUAGUGUCCCACCUAUCCUAUGGAGAAGUCAGCCUUUAGAGGUGAUGAGCAUUCUAGCAAGGUAUGAGCCAUAGGAACUUCACAGCUGGAGUAGCACUAGUAGGGAAAAAUUUGUAGACACUACAAAAGGAAAAACAAAGCAAAACCAAGGGCUGUGCACUACUUUUAUGUUUAAGACAUAAUCAACUUUGCAGUUCUCUUAUAUAAUCAAUUAGUAAUUAUCCUGACUUACUUAGUUGCAGGCACUUUCUUUCAGUAGGGAAGAAAAUUACUGGGUGACUAUGACUGCUUUCAGAAUUAAUUCUUGUUUUUGAAAAUAAGUAGCCUAGAUCAAUUGUAAAGUACCAUAGGCUGCGUAUUUAUACAACACAUUUGCUUUACAAUUCCAAAGUAAUUACUUAUUAUAUCUCCAGUAGUUGCAAUAAACCCCUUCAAUGCUGAAAGCAAUAUCUGAUUUUGAUGUUAAAGACAGAAUAUUAGCCACAGCCCCAUAAGGCACACUGUGCUCAGCUCAGAACCCCAGCUGUCCUGCUGUGCAGCACAUCCUACUGGGACUGUUGGCAAAUUCUCAGAGUUGAGGCACAUUUGUCAAGACAGGACAAGGCAUAACAAGGCAGAAAAUCCCAGUCAAUUUAUUAGCUCACAAGUAGGAAUCCUUGUAAAAGGUUUUAUUGGUUAAAACCACUGGGGAGUAUCAUCCUGAGGAUUUCAUGUUUUUACUCUAGUAGUCCCAAGAGCCACAGUAAUCAAGAGUUGUUUGUAGUCUGUUUCCUCUCCCAAAUAACCUGAUGCAAAUAA